AUGAGCGCCACGACAACCAAUGGUACUGCUGACACCAGCACAGCCAACACUUCCACCUUUGUCGCAGCCGUUGUUGUGGCAGUCGUCGUCUCGGUGGCCUUCACGACCCUCUGGAUCGUCCUUCACGGCAACAAGAAACUCCGCCGGGUCUACCAACCCCGUACCGAGCUCGCCCCGGAAGGCAAGCGCCCAAGCGAACUUCCAGAUGGUAUAUUUGCCUUCUGGAAGCGGGUCCUCACCACCCAUGACCAGGACAUCAUCGUCGCCAACGGUCUUGACGCGUACUUUUUUUUAAGGUUUUUAAAGGUAUUCGGCAUCAAACUUCUCCUCCCCUACGUCUUCCUCACGGUCGUCAUCUGCAUCCCGGUCGCAGCGGCUCCCCCUACCGCAGGCCAACAGGGAUUGAACAUCCUCACCUUUGGGAAUGUCUCGCCGGCGCACAGCGAGCGGCGGAUCGCCCACUUUUUGGUCGCCCUCAUCCUCAUGGCCUACACCGCCUACACUCUCUUCCAAGAGUACCGUCACUUUGUCGAAAUUCGCCAGGCAUGGUUGACCUCGGCUCAGCACCUCACCCUCGCUCGGUCCCGCACCAUCGCCGUCACGGGUCUCCCGAAAAACUACAACAACGAGACCAGCCUCAAGGAGCUUUCCCAAAGCGUCGGCGGUCUUACCCCUUCGGACUCGCGGACCACCCACGUCAACGGCUCUUCGGACACUAUCGGCGGCGGGCCAAAGAUCUGGCUCGCGCGCAAGGUGGAUGACCUGGAGGAUGUCUGGGGGGACCGCAAUGACGAGUGCGCUCGGCUCGAGGGAGGGGUUGGCAAGCUGCUCAAGCUUGCCGCCAAGAAUGAUCGCAAGGGCAAGUCACCGGAGAAGAAGGGAACGGCGGACGCCGAGAGCGGUCACCCUGCCCACCGCUACGUGCUCCCUAAAAAGAUGCCCAGCUGGAAGCAGGGUUUCCUCGGUCUCAUUGGCAAAAAGAUGGACCUCGAGACGUCCCCGGUCUUUAUUGCAGAGCAAAACGACAAGCUCCGCGAACUGCGCACCAAGGAGUAUGAGCUCGGUACCACGGCUUUCCUCCGGUUCGAAAGCCAGCACGAGGCGCACAACUUUGCCCGGCUCGCCAAAGACACGGACAAGUCUCUUCGCAUGGUCAAGAGCCACAUCGAGGUCGUCCCGGAGGAUGUGCAGUGGGAAAAUAUCAGCCGCACCGCUGCUCAGCGCAAGGUUGCCACUGCCAUCUCCUGGGCAUUGACCAUCGGACUCAUCAUCGUUUGGGCGGUCCCCGUCGCUUUUGUCGGUGUCCUCUCCAAUGUUGACGAGCUCUGCCUCAAGGCCUCGUGGUUGGCUUGGCUUUGCCGCCUUCCCUCUCCCGUCCUCGGUAUCAUUCGCGGUGUCCUUCCUCCCGUCCUCCUCGCGGUUCUCUUCAUGCUCCUCCCUAUCGUACUCCGAAUCUUUGUCAAGUCCCAGGGAGAAAUCCGAAAAAGUGACACCGAGCUCAAGCUCUUCACCCGGUACUGGCUGUUCCAGGUCAUCCACGGUUUCCUUAUCGUCACCCUCGCCUCUGGUCUCAUCUCAGCUCUGAGCAACAUUGGCAGCAUGGCGGGCAGCAUCCCCACCCUCCUCGCCGAGAAGCUGCCCUCGGCGUCCAUCUUCUUCUUGACCUUCAUCCUUACCACCACCUUUGCCAACGCUACCAAGGCGUUCGCCCGGGUUGUGCCAUUCGUCAUGUACCUCCUCUCCGGCCUGCUCAGCGGAAACACACCCCGAAAGUUCUACAUUCACCAAUUCAAAAUGCAAAACAUCAUGUGGGCGACCAUCUUCCCCCCCAUCUGCCUCCUCAUUUGCGUCACCAUCGUCUACUCGGUCAUCCAACCCAUCAUCACCGUCCUCACCUUCCUUGCAUUCUGCAUCCUCUACGCGGCGUACAAGUACCAACUCGGCUGGUGCUGCGACCAGAUCGACUAUCUCGAGACCGGCGGGCUCUUUUACAUCCGCGCCCUCCGUACGGUCUUUGUCGCCCUCUACCUCGAGGGGAUCUGCCUCGCUGGGCUCUUCUUCCUCUCGAGCGAUCAAUUCGGGAACCGGUCCAAAUCCGGUCUGGCCUGCGGUGUCAUUAUCGCCCUCGCCGUCGUCGCCAUUGCCUGCUUCCAGUUCUACAUUGACUGGUUUGCAUUCAAGGCCCCCUUCCUCCAAUACGUCCACUCCACCCACCACACCAAGGGAGGCGAGCGGCUCGCCGAGCCCAAGGCGCAGCCCGACGCCCACACCGAUGAGGCCGGCGCGCAGUACGGCAACACCUCUGGUUUCCACGACCGGGCGUUUGACCACCCCGCUUUGUGGAAGAAGCAGCCAGUGGUUUGGAUCGCGGAUGACGGGUUGGGGCUGGGGAGGGACCAGGCGGACAGGAUCAACAGCAAGCAGGUCGAGGCGAGCACUGAGUAUGCGAGCAUGGACAGCGAGGGCAAGUUGGCGGUACAGAGGGGGCCGCCUGAUGAGGCGUGGUAUGGUGGUUUCAGUGCUUAG